GAUCGAAGAGGAUCUUAAUGGAAAUCUUCAACAGCAACAGGACCAACAACAUCACCAUCACCAACACCAGCAGCAUCAUAACCAGACUCAACCAGUGAAGGAUCGAUCGCAGGUCAUUCUACAAAAAAUAACGACACUACGGCUGACCAAGAUAUCAGAGCUAAACCAGUAAACGGCGCUCCAUCCGAUAACGCGAAUAGCCACACACAUAUAGAUCCAGGCGCUGUUACAAGCACAAAUCCAUUACAUACUAAAUGGCUUAUGGCUACCGCCCUGAAAGAGAAAGGUAUUGCAUACAAAACAGGGACUUUUAGUUCUCAUGAGGAUGAGCUGAUUCGACAGACCAUUAAGGAUUAUGUGGCUCGCAACAACAUGCCUGAAGAUGCCAUCCAGCGUUGGUUCCAAAAUGGGAACGGUCGUGGGCGAUUUGAGAAGAAUGAUCUCAAAGCCUUGUGGGUUGAAAUCGCCGUUCGACUGCAGAACCGACCACUUCUAAACAUUUAUCUUCAUGUGCGACGCAUGUUCCACCCUCAAAAUAAUGUUGGCGCUUGGAGCAAAGAGGACGAUCAGAAACUUAUUAUGUUGUAUGCAAAGCACAAAGGACAAUGGACAACUAUCGGUACAGAGCUUGGGCGAAUGGCCGACAGCUGCCGUGAUCGUUAUCGUAACCAUCUUAAGGACCAGAGCACAAUGGUAACAGGAGCAUGGCAGCCUCAUGAGGAUGAAAAGCUAUUAUCGAUCAUGCAAGAGCUGGCUCUGGAGCAAGGGAAAGCAAAUAUUUUGGAUUCGAGUCCGAUGUGGACUUUGAUCUCGGAGCGGAUGCAAGGUACAAGGACUCGACAUCAAUGUCGCCACCGAUAUUCUCAGACUUUACAGCCUCGAUUAGAACGGGGUGAAUGGACGGCACCUAGUUCCGUUGCUGCAGCAGCUGCAGCAGCUGUAGCAGCGAAUGCAGCUGUAGCAGCUAAUGCGGCUGUGGCGGCCACUGCAGCAUCAACCACGGGUACAGCGAAACAGACAUCAUCAAAGAAGCAUAAACAGCAGCAACAGCAGCAACAGCAGCAACAAGAACAAACAGUCCAUGUAGAUGACAAUUUGGAACUCAGCCUAAGCUCUAGUAGUAACCAUGAUCAAACGAAUCAUCAUGGGGCUGGGGAGGACCAUUUGUCCACCGAUGUACAUAGUGCUGAGCACGACCCGUUUGGAUCUGCAGCAUUCAAUCCGUCUCUUCCUCUUCCAUCGUUCGUACCCAAGGCACCCAAGGGACCGAUUCGACGCCGCAGUGGACUGCAACAGCAGCUAGACUCGCUCAAAAUGAUUCAAGAAGAUGGUUAUACAGACCACACGGAUAUAAAAUGGGCGGAUAUUGCUCAAAGACUGCGUGAUAGAGUUGAAGAAGCGAAUGCAAUUCAGCUUGCCAAAAUCAUCCAAUCCCAUGACCGACUUGAUUCCAAGAAGCAACAGCAUCUCCAGGACAAUAAUGUUUCUGCUGCAGCUGCAGCUGCAGCUGCCUCAGCGGCCAUGGCGGCAGCCGUUUCUGCUGCUCAAGCAGAAGCUGUAGCAAGUCUGCAGCGUGUACCAGCAGCGAACCAAAUUGCGCGCACGUUUAUGUCCUCGCGUUGUAAAAUUGAAGGAUACAAGGAGAUGACACUACAGCAAGUGAUUGUGCACAUGAUGAAGGAUGUUGAGCGCAGAAUACAGCAAAGACGAGGUGGCUCCACUAAUACUCAAUCGACUGUUGGAACUCCUAAUGAAACAUCGAAUGGUUUAAUCUCAAAACCAUCUCGCUCGAGCGUUCGAUCUAGCGCUUCCAUUCAGCAGCAAGAAAUCAACGAUGCCGCACAACAGGCAGCUAUUGCUGCUCUCUCGGCUCAGUUCCCAUACCUCCAACAUCAUCAGCAACAUCAGCACCAACAGCAACAGCACCAGCAACAACAGCACCAGCAGCACCAGCAGCAGCAACAUCAGCAGCAGUCAACUUUAGCGCAGGCGCUAUCAAACUCUGCCACCACCCAACACACUUUGAAUCCCCACGCAUCCCAGGAAGCAGGUCAUUUAGCAAGAGAGGGCCAGAAUCACACACCAACACUUGAUCUAUCUUCAACAGAGUUAUCUUUAUCUUCUGGCCAACAUAGCAUGGCUUUGCACACACAGUCGCUACACGAGCUCUCCGUCGAACAACAGGCACAACACCAACAGGAGCUUGAGCAACAACAGCACAACCGAGAUCUAGCUGAACAGAUGUUGCACUUAGCGUUUUCAGCUUCAGACAUGAGUAAUAUGUUCGAUUCUAUUGGAGCGCUCUCAUCAUCCAUUGCAGCCAGCUCGCCUUCUUCUGCAGAUAUGUUUUUGAUAGACAUGGCCUUGAAGCAAAAACAGGCUACACGGCGAGUGCUCGAUGCAUUGAACUCUGUUGAAAAUAGCUUUGGUACCAAUAAUGAUUUUAUUCCCGACUCUAGUGACGAUGAAGACAAGGAGGGCGGGCUUGAAAGCCUCGGAAUUAUUGAGUAGUAUUAAUAUUAAAUCAAAUUUUUAUGGAAAGUAGAAAAUAUAUCUGGCUUUUUUAUAUAUUUUAUAUUUAUUUAUUUUAACAUUUGGAAGAGCCAAUA